GCAGACGCUAGACCGGUUUCGCCAACUAACAUAACGACUUAUUGUCAGCAUGAGAAGUGUUCUAAAGCCCCUCUAUGCCAUCGACCCAAGAAAACAUAAAUCCUACAUUAGCAAGAGCCUUACACUUCUGAAUGAAUUCUCAAACGGAAAAUUAGCUAUUCACGGAGCUCUCCUCCAUGGACAUUUGAUCAAAACGGGCUUUUCGUCGCAGCGGUACGUAGCCGUUAAACUGCUUGUUAUGUACUCAAGUCUCAGAAAAUCUGCUGAAGCUAAUGAAAUGCUGAAGGAAUUCGAUGGGUUUAAUUUGGUUGUCAGUAAUUGUUUAAUUUCUGCGAAUAUCAACUGGGGGAAGCCAGACGAAGCCCGUCAACUGUUUGAUAAAAUGCCCGAGAGAAAUGAAGUUUCUUGGACUGCUUUGGUUUCGGGCCUUUUACGGUAUGGGAGGGUUGAAGAGGCAUUGUGGUACUUUGAGAGAAACCCAUUUCAAAAUGUCAUAUGUUGGACUGCAACAAUCAGUGGGCUUGUUCAAAAUGGAUUGAGCUUUGAUGCCAUCAAGCUCCUCCCAAAGAUGCUUCAAUCUGGAGUGAUGCCUAAUGAUGUUACUUUUACCUCUGUACUUAGAGCCUGUGGAGAAUUGGGUGAUUUUGAGCUGGGAAUGUGUCUGCUGGGUUUGGCUGUUAAGGUUGGGUUUGAGGAUCACUUGGCAGUUUCUAAUGCUUUGAUUACGUUUAGUGUUCGGUUGGGCGAGGGUGAUCUGGCUAAAAGAACCUUUGAUAGGAUGGAGAUAAAAGACGUUGUUUCUUGGACAGCGAUUCUCGACAUGUAUUUUGGGGAGGGGGACUUGAAGGAAGCUCGUAGGAUCUUUGAUCAGAUGCCCGAGAGAAAUGAAGUUUCUUGGAGUGCAAUGAUCUCGAGGUACAACCAUAGUGGCUAUUUAGAAGAAGCAGUCAAUCUCUUCCAUCAGAUGGUUAAAGAUGGGUUCAAGCCAAAUAUUUCAUGCUUUUCAACUGCACUCAGUUCACUGGCAAGCCUGAAGGCUUUGCGAGCAGGAAGGACCAUCCACGCGUUUGUUCUGAAACUUGGGUCUGAAACAAAUCCUUUCAUUGGUAGCUCGCUGGUUGACUUGUAUUGCAAAUGCGGGCAUAUUGAGGAUGGAUGUCUAGCUUUUGAUUCGAUCCUGGAGAAGAACGUUGUUUGUUGGAAUUCUAUGGUUGCUGGCUAUAGUUUGAAUGGCUACCUCGAAGAAGCCCGGGAACUGUUUGAUCAGAUUCCCAAGAAAAAUAAUGUGUCCUGGAACUCUCUGAUGACGGGUUAUCUGGGAGGUGAAGAAUUUGAUAAGCUGUUUGGAGUAUUCAAUGAAAUGAUCUUGUCAGGAGAACAACCCAAUAAGUCUACUUUCUCUGUUGUUUUAUGUGCAUGCGCUAACUUAGCCUCAUUAGAGAAAGGCGAGAACUUACAUGGUAAAGUCAUAAAACUUGGUUUCCAGUAUGAUAUAUUUGUGGAUACUGCACUUUUGGAUAUGUAUGCAAAGUCUGGAAGCAUUGAAAGCUCUCGGAAAAUUUUUGAAAGAAUGCCUCAGAAGAACGUGAUUACUUGGACAGCUAUGAUUCAGGGUCUCGCAGAAAAUGGGUUUGCGGAGGAAUCUCUUGCUCUCUUUGAACAGAUGGAACAAACUACGUCCUUCUCGCCUAAUGAGCACAUACUUUUAGCGGUUUUAUUUGCUUGUUCCCAUUGUGGUCUAGUUGAUAAAGGACUCUAUCAUUUCAACUCAAUGCAAAAGGUAUAUGGUGUAAAGCCAAACGAAAGACACUACACUUGUGUGGUGGAUAUGCUUUCUCGGUCAGGACGUCUUUUAGAAGCAGAAAAGUUCAUCUCAAGCAUUCCCUACGAACCCGAGGCUAACACGUGGGCUGCUCUAUUAAGCGGUUGCAGAACAUAUGGGAAUGAGAUAAUGGCAGAAAGGGUAUCCCGAAAGCUCUCAGAGUCUGCAGAAAAGAAGUCGGGAGGCUAUGUUCUGCUGUCAAACGUCUACGCUUCAGCAGGUAGAUGGAUGGAUGUUCUGAACACAAGAAAAUCAAUGCAGGACAAAGGGUUGAAGAAAAGUGGCGGUUUUAGUUGGAUAGAGGUUAGAAAUCAACGACAUUUAUUUUAUUCCCUGGAUGGUUCUCACACUGCAUCAGCUGAGAUUUAUGGGGUUCUAGAACUACUAAAUUCUGAAAUGCAAAUCCUAACAACUGUGCAUGUCUGAAAGAUCUCAUAGAGGAUAGUGCCAAUUAUAGAAGAUUGAAACAGAUGUAUGAUGGCUCCUCGCUGAAUACUUUUCUGUCAAUGUUCGCUUUUGAAAGCCCGUGUAUGUGAGUCUCGUCUCUCCAUCAUGUAAGAUUUCCCGCGCAGUGAGAG